AUGUUGUGUGGAAUGCUAGAGAAAGGAAGAAUAGAGAUCCAGGGUUUGCAAAAGAUGUAUGAUGAAUGCAUACGCUUUCAAAAACGCAUAUGUAGAGAACAUUUCAGCGAAGCGGCAUCUUAUAUCAGCGAGGCAGUGACUGCCACAUAUGAUGGUUGCUUGUGGCUACAACGCUCUUUCACUGUACGGGUAUGUAUGAAAAAAUUACCCGCUGAUCGUUUCGAAAAUUAUCGAUGUGCCAUUGGUGCUGACGAUGUGGUAUUGACAGCUUACAAGCUGGCUGCAUUUCAUCGACUAUUUAGGGACGAUGCGUUGAGCGUACCUGUAGGGUCUCGGAGAAGACUGGAUCAGUUUCUAGCUCGUUACCCCGACCAGAGUGCCAUUGAAGACAUGGAAGAAAAAGACGUUCCAGUCCUCUGCACUGAGUCAACUUCCACUGGGCAUGAGGAUAACCAGGUAUUAAAUCAGGUACGUUUUUAUUUAAAUUCAGCGUACAUCGUAGUUGUGCAGGUAUCAUAUUAA